AUGUCAGAAGACUGCCUUUAUUUGAAAAUAUUUACACCAUUGUCCAGCAAUUCAUUAUCUCCAAAUCUUCUACCAGUGAUGAUCCAUAUUCAUGGUGGUGAUUUUCAGUUUGGUGAUGCUUCACAAUCAAUCUAUGAAUCUGAACAUUUUGUUAAUACAACCAAUAUAAUAAUUGUAUUAGUCCAAUAUCGAUUAAGUGUACUUGGCUUCUUGACAACUGGAAAUGUUCCUAACGAUCUUAAGGGUAACUAUGAAAUACUCGAUCAAGUUCUUGCUAUUGCAUGGAUCAAAGAUAAUAUUGAUGCAUUUGGAGGAGAUCUAAACGAUAUUACAUUAUUUGAUCAAAGUGCUGGUGCUCAAUCUACUGCUCUACACUAUGUGACGAGUGAAAUGCAACCAUUCUUCCAGCGAGCUAUCAUCCAAAGUGCACCAAUGACAAUUCCAUUUAGAACAUAUUCUGAAUAUGUUAUACCCGGUGCUCUCCUUGCUGGACAGCAUCACUGUAUUAUUGGUGAUGUUGCAUGUUUUUUAACUUGUUCCAUGAACGCAAUUAUUGCUGCUCAAAAUGCUGUAAAUGGUAUGUUGACUUCGUUAGAUGUUCUGCUCUUUUUCGAACCGUGGUAA